AGCCGUUGUCAUGGCCCAAAAACAGCGUUGGGCUGAGUCCCAGUUGGGUGCAGCUUUGAGGUCAUGACGGCUGUUCCAAUCAACCAGCUUGCACGGAACAAGGGCGUGAAGUACACCUGCGAGAUCACAGGAAGUCCCGCCACAUUGGUGUGCUCCGAGUGCCCAGUGUACUUCGCCACCUAUGAACAUUUCGAUGUUUGGUGGAAAGGCAUUGGGAAUCUCAUCGCCCAGGACAUCGUGGUCCUGCGCGCUCCGCCCAAGAUGAUUGGCUCCGAAGAAGAGCGAAAACGCCGUGCGGAGGAGCUGAUGGGCAUCCGGAAGGAGCUCCUCGAGUUGUGCACUGAAACGGCACAGAAAUUCCUGGUCCAGGGCAAGUAUGACCUUGCUGUACCGGGAGCAUUACAAAGCUUAAAGUUCGCCAUCGACGUCUUUGGGGCGGAAGCACCCGAGUUGGUACCGUCGUACUUGCUGCUGGCAGAGGCCAACCUGGGACUCAGGCGCCUGAAGAUUGCUGAGGAGUUCCUUUCCUUGGCCAAUUGGAACAUCCUGAAGCACCCACAGGCGAGCAACUCGAUGAUGUCCAAUUUGCAGCGGAACUUUGGGCGACUCUAUGCGGCUCAGCAGCGCUACAACGAGGCUUUGCAAGCCUUUGCCACUGACAUCUACUUCUCUUCCCUCGAGUUUGGUCCAGAGAACAUUCGCUCUGCUCCGUCAUAUUUUCACAUGGGCCGGGUGUUUCAAAGUCAUCAGAAGGCAGAACGUGCUGUGGCGUUCUACACCAAGGUGGUUGAUGUCUAUGGGAAAUUCUUGCAGUCCUGGAUGCGUUCCAAAACUGGAGAGCCCACUGAAAUCACCUCCGUUGAAGCGGAAGAAGCGGUUGAAAUCAUGAAGCACAUCGCCGAGUAUCACGAGAGGCGUCUGGAGGCGGAGAAUCAGACCUUUGAUAUGCCGGAGAUCAACAAGGACUCGCUCCCUCGAUGUGGAAAUGAGACCAUUGAUCGGGAGAUGCACAACCUCUAUGGCUUUUGGGUUCAGUUGGCACAGCUGCAGCGAACUGGUGGAACUGGUGUUCCAGAGUAAUUACGGGAAGGACUGAAUAGCUUGUCGCAUAUGUUGGGCCUUGAAGGAGGUAAAAUGCUUCACUUCAAGUCGCCAUUUUCUGGCUGAAUAUGCUGUUCAGGGGGGUUCUCUCUGUUUGACACACUGCUCUACUUUGUUAUCCCCAUACUUCAAUCAUGUGUUUCACAUGCACGAACUACAAGCCUUGAACUAGGCUGCUUUCCCAAGCUUUCACCUUGGGACCAAAAAAAGAGAGGUUGAAUGAUCGACAUCCAGCGUUAGAAA